CAUAAUAAAGAAAAAUACAAAAAAUCACGUAGAAGAAAAACAUUGGCGACGGAACUUUUUAUUUCGGUGAUAUUCUGCGGAAAAGUGCAGGUCCUCGAUAGUUUUGUGUUGUUUCUCCGUCGCGCAACGGUCCCCAUCAGGUAAGGCAAAUGGGAAAUGCAGGCAGCAACUUGCCACGGGAGCGGCACAAAUCGGGUUCGCACGAUCCGAUUCCGGGGUCUCCGCUCAAGGACGGACAAGCGUUCGUCUUCGACAAAAAACCGGACCCAAAUCAUCGGCUGGUAUAUCAACGGAGCGACGAGGACGCCGAGCCGUACUACUCCAAGUCGGUUCCAGAACCGGAGUUUGUUCGGGAUUAUAGAAAACGCGCAAAUACCAUUUCGGACGAUGCAUCGAUGGGCGUAGGCGGGAGUGGCGGACAGGGUAUAGAGCCAGAGGAGGACGACAAGGAAGAACAGAAAACGGCACUUCCGACGGUGUUCAAGUGGGAGGGAGGUGGCAAACAGGUCUACAUCAGUGGAACGUUCAGCGAGUGGAAAGCACUGCCGAUGGUCAAGAGCCAUGGGGAUUUUGUCACGAUCAUCGAUCUGCCGGAGGGAGACCAUCAAUACAAGUUCUGCGUCGACGGGGAAUGGAAGCACGAUCCGAGGCUGAAAAAUGUCGAAAACGAAGUUGGAACCAAGAACAACCUGGUGUCGGUUCGCCAGUCGGAUUUCGAGGUUUUCCAAGCACUUGCCAAAGACAGCGAGGACACCGGUAAGGACGAAGCAAAGGAGUACGGGCAGGAUAUCCCGCCCACCAGACCGUGGGGCAAGGAGUCGGGACCGCCGGUUUUGCCUCCGCAUCUGCUGCAGGUUAUCCUGAACAAGGACACGCCCCUUUCGUGUGAACCAACAUUGCUACCGGAGCCAAAUCACGUGAUGUUAAACCAUCUGUACGCCCUGUCCAUCAAAGACGGAGUGAUGGUUCUCAGCGCAACCCAUCGUUACCGGAAGAAGUACGUGACCACGUUGCUCUACAAGCCAAUUUAAUAAUGCUACUGCACCGAAUUCAUCGUCCUAUUCAAAGACCGUGCAUGUGAAACGCGUAUAUAAACACAAUUUGGCAACGAACAGAGCAUGGUUUUCACUAUCAUAACACUAUAUAGAUUCGGAAUCUGGAAGCAGGAGUAUGCACGCAAAAUAGGUAUAUUUUAAUAGAUGAUAGAGGUGAAUUAGUUUUGAGAAUGAUUCAACCAUUGAUUAACCAGAAGAUGUAAGCAAAAAAGUGGCAAAAUGUGACGAAAAUUGAACACGACCACAUAUUAUAAUAGAAGCUUUAGUUGUUUCAAUAUUGAUAAGGAAAAAAAUGUAAAUUAUAUUACUGCUAAUGAUUGUUUCAAUAAAAAGUGAUUGUUCAAAAAUGGAAAUAA